GUCGCCUUCCUCGUCUGGUGUAUGGCGCCAUUCAAACGUAACGGCGCCCACGUGAUCUACGAAAACGUCAUCAAGCCAUUCAUCAAGCGGAGAGAGAAGGGCAUCGAUUCCACGAUCGAUGAGAUCAAAGAAGCCGCCGAGGACACUCUCAGCAGCGGUAAGCAUUCCGGCAGUAGCCGUGAUCGCAUGUGGAGAAAGACUCGGUCGCCCAAUCCGGGUAAUCCAUGCGUCGGAACGGAUCCGAACCGUAACUGGGAUUUCCAUUGGAUGGCUGGCGGUGCCAGUCAACGGCCGUGCAUGGAGACAUAUGCCGGAAGUAAGCCAUUCUCUGAAGUCGAGACCAAAACUGUGGCCGAAUAUCUCAUGAGGCUCAACAUCAAUGGACAGGUUAAGGUAUUCCUGACGGUACACACCUACUCUCAGAUGUGGCUGCAUCCGUGGGGCUACACGACAACUCUGCCAGUAGACCAUGAAGACCUGGCGGCGUUGGGCAAUAGGGCGACAGCAGCGCUGACGGCCGUUCACGGAACUACGUACGUGGUCGGAAGCUCUGCAGUAGUGCUGA